CGUUUGACAUGCGCAGUGAGCUCGAUUUGAGUGAUCGCAGUACUCAAGACCCCGGGUCCUCAAGCCAUGAUACUACGAUAGUCGUCAAAACUUCACAAGAGUGAAAAUGUCGCAAGCACACGAUCUCCACCGCGCCCUUUUGCGGCCUGCAAUGAUCCAUAUCCUCCGCGGCGCCGGUUUCCACAGCACCAAGCCAUCAGUGCUGGACACACUCACGAAUAUCGCCGAGCGACACCUCCUCCUGUUGGCAUCCACCGCAGCGCAAUAUGCCAUGCUCAGCCACAACGACCCUCUCCCCACCAUAUCAGAUAUGCGCAUGGCAUUCUCGGAAUGCGGCGUGAUCCAUCCCCUCACAGAUCCCUCCGAGGAGGCCUGGAAAGAGCGCAUGCGCAAACCCCUGACGGAGAUCGCAGAUGUGCCCCAGGCGGGUCGCCAGCGACAGGCGGCACAGAAGCGCAAACGCGACGAGGAGGACACCAGAGACGUUCGGGAGUUCACGAGAUGGUUCGACUCGGCGCAGCACAAGGAGGCGAGGAGGGUGGCCGGCAUGAUCCCCGAGGCGAGCGUGGGGGGCGUGCUCCCUGCGGUCGGUGUCGGCGGCGGAGUCGUGCAGGCGGAGGAUUUCCUGACCACGCUGAAGAAGAAACACCCGAAGGCUGGAGAUGAGAGCCGGUUGCGCGGUACGGUCCUCUCGCAACUCCCCGACGAGAAGGAUGUCGUGAUCGAAGGAGGUCCAGUCCAGCACAUCUGGGAGUGGAAUCCAAACGCAGGGAAGAUCCUACCGAGUGAAGGUCAGAACGCAGGAGCUGACGAGGACGAUGACGACAAUUCUUCGCUAUCUUCGCUCGCAGCAUCGACUGAUCAACUCGAUAUGAUGGAAGUGGAGCAAUAGAAGAGGAAAGCGAAUAUUUGGGGACGUGUCUUUUGUAUGCUUAGCGUAGGCGUUUGGGACAUGGGAAAUGGGUCUGAAAUUACUCGCAUGUAUGAUUAGACCAGAUCAAGUGAGAAAGAAGAUUGCGCAUCAGCACCUCGCUGUACUCUACAAUUGUUCGAGCUGGCUUCGCUGUCGAGCGCGUGGAACUUCGCCAUCCGAUUGUUUCAUUUCCGGCGUUGAAUACGAGUCAUCACCAUCCCCAACCACAGUGCGGCC